AAUGUUUGUUCUCUCCUGCCUGCUGCAUUUUUUCAGCAACAUCUUUGCUAGUUGAAAGGAGUAGUCCCUUUAAACUCAACAUCUUUUGAAGUCUGUAGGUGUAAAAAGACACUCAUUGUUCAGUGCACCUCCACAAAGAUUCCUUCUUAAUCCCAAUUGUGUGUACUCAUCCUUUGGUUGAGCCUUCUUGUGCAGAAGAAUUUGAGUUCAUUCACAUUCUUUCAUAAAUGCACUUAGGGUAAUACAUCCCACUUUCUUUCUUUUUAAGCAAUCUGAUCAGUUGUGAAUUCAACUCCAUUAAAAAAAUCCCCAUAGUAGUUAAGAGCACCCAUUAAUGUGAACAAACUCCUGAAACUCCUCAAAGUAUUUGCUUUUCCAUGCCAUUUAACUGUUUACAAUGAGUGGAUCUUUGCUUCUGAUGCACAGUCAUAAAAAGGAACAGACUAUUAAUUUUUAUGUAUAUAAAUUUAUUUGUGUUGCCCUUGUAGAACAUGUUGUAAUCUUGUGAAGUUACCCAAUCAGGACAAAUUUGACCAGCAAAUGGUACUGUAAGAGAAUACUAACACUCAAUAUUUAGGCAUGACAUUUUGGUUCAAGGCAGAGUUCUGACAAUUGGGAAAGCAGUCCUGACACUGUGGUAUUGCUUGGACCUUGUUCAAGUCAUUUCACUUCGUGCUCAUCUUCACAUUUUUUGUCUUCACAACUCCACUUGCCCAGGUCCAGUUCAUGAAGUCCAGGAAAGGUUCAAACAUCUACACAAGUUCUUUGGUUUCUUCUUGAACUGGUUCCUAGAGAUUGAAUUUGUUCUAAUAGGGACUUGGCCUCAGCAAGGAUCUCCAAGUGUUCCUGUACCUAUUCCCUGAUUUUAAAGGAAAAAGAAUGCAAAAUUCACAGAGCUUUUUCUCUGAAAGAGGCUUUAAGUUCUUUUUAGAUGGAAAGUGUGGUUUCUGUGGAAAGGAGCUUGCUAAUUGAGUAUGUUCGAAAAGUGUUCAGAAAGAUCUUAGCAGUUCCGAUAAUUACUCAUUUCAUCAGACCAUCUAUAUUUAAAGUGAAGUACACUGAGUUCUUUCCUAUAAUGUCUACUUCAAAUAACACUUGUAGAGCCAAAUAAGGAAAUAGAACAGAAUCUCACAGGAGUUUCUUUCCCUUUUAUUUCUAUAGCUCAGAGACUUGCUGUAACAAAAGCCUUUCUUUCUAUCAAAGCUGUUUAACAUAUUCAACCAAACAAACUAUCUCUUAAAGAAAGCAGGAGCAUUUUUUUAUGUGCGCCUUGCUCCAGCAGUGGCUCUUGAGGACAUUUCUGCAUUUAUCAAUGUACUAAAUGAGCGAUUUUGGACAGCUUCUAUGUUCUGAUUUGUUGUGCCUUUUUUUAUCUCCCCCCUCCCUCCCUUCUUCCCUUUUUAAUUUGUCUAGGAAAAAAAAAGCAGCUCCUCCAAUGUUGUUUCCUGCAAAGACCAUUCUUCAGAGCUCGUUGGACAGCACAGGGCUCUUGAAGUGAUAGCUAAUUGGUGAAAGAAAGGCCCUGAUUGUCUUGAGGGAGCUGGAAAGUGCUGCGUGUGCUGCUGAAAGGGACUGGGGAGAAGGUGCCUGGUUUCGCCAAGCAGCUGCUGCUGGAGAUGUUUGGAGAUUACAUCAGCACUGGAAAAAAGGGGCAAAAAAAAAAAGGAGAAGAGAGAAGUCCAACUUCACAGAGAAUGAGUUUAUGGAGGGUUUUUUUCCCCUUCCAAAGGUCUUCUGACAAUACUGUCAUUGUCAAUAUAAGAGUUGUUAAUUCUUUAUGAAUAGCACAUGGGGCCUCUUGACUAAAUAGUACGUUACAUGUCCCAAAUCUGUCAGCUGGACUCUUCUCUCACAUGCUAGUGAGAUCACUUUGGUUGGAAUGCUACAGGAAUUGCUGGGCUGGCCGCACAGAACUGAAUACUGCAUUUAUAUAAUUAGACCUCCCAGAUUUUUUUAUUUUGCAUUACCUCAUUAUUCUAGCUUAAAUAUGGAAUCAACCCUUUUGAUGAUUUUACUGGUUGUCAUUAUAUUAAUACGGUUCAUUUUGUGGUCCUGUCUUAGUGCUUAUAUAGAUUAUAAACUGUCCCGAAGGUUUCCUGACACAAGAAAAGAGGACUAAGAGACAUCAAAAGGCUUGUUGGGAUUUCAGUUGACAAUGGGGGGAACUGGAUAAGGUAAAUAGAGGUACAGCAGAUUUUACCUUGGGAUCUGAUGAGAGAGAAAUGACCUGUUGAGGCUGCAACAGAAGUGAAAAUUCUUCAGAAAGCCUCAUGCUGACAGAGGGGAGAAAAACUACAAUUGAUUGAGUCAGAUAACUUCCUAUCAAACUCAGGCAUGAAUUUGUUGUUGGGACCAGAGUUGUGGACUUGUGCCAAGUAAAUGCUCUGGACAAGCUGGAAGGAAUCCUAUUACUGGGCAGUCCAAGACUGCCAGUGGCCUGGUCUUGAUCUGUGGCACGUGAUGGUGUGCUGCCUGCUGGACUGACUGCUGGUCUGUACAUUGUCAGCUGCACAGUCUGCCUGGAUGCAACAACUUAUGGCUCCUGAAGGAAGCUGAAGAUCACUGGCCAAACUCAGUACCCAAAUGCCACUGCGUGGACUUGCAGGAGUGGGUUUUUACCUGACUGGCUGGUUCGUUAAAAUUCCUUGUGGUUCCUCCUGAUCAGUUGGAUCUGAAGGUGACUGAAUGUUUUGAACUGACUCUGACCUGCUGAAUAUUCACGUUUCUUAGCAAGCAUUAUAUUUGAAUGCCAGAAGGAGCUGGAUACCAUUGGAAUAAUCUCUUUCAUGUAGAAAUUAUCUGUGCCACAGAGAUUGUCUGACUCUAGCUGUGCUUCAGUAGCAAGGAGGGCACAUGACAGCAUGGCAUGCAGUGAGUUUUGACUCGAAUGUCUUGCAAGGUACUUUCAUUUCUAGCCUUUGAUAAGGAGCGAAGACACCAAAGGAUUUGGCUGCUUUCCCAAGCCAUAAUGACUUAAGAUAGCUUGGUUAGCUUGUCUUGCAAAAUGAAAGUUCCAAGUGAACUGCCUGCUUUCAAAUAGAUGUUAUACUAAGAGAAGCAUCCAAAAAUCUUCCUAUAUAUACAGCUGAAUUUAACAUCCACUUUUAAGAGCUGUAUUUUUCUACAGUAGAAGUAGGAAAUCUGUAUUGCCUUGCAUGAGAGAUGCAGUGUCCUUGUCCCAGUCACCUUUAAAACAUACUAAAAAAAAUA